AGCUUUUAUACAGGAGCUUCUGGAACUUCCCCGUCUGUCUUGCCUUGAAGAUCUACUAGGCCAAAUUCUGUGUCUUCGCAGAGUCUAAAUAUGCCUGUCGCGACUUCCACCAUGGUCAACACAUCUUCCAGCCUAGUUUGUUCCCCAAGCGCAGUUGAUGUUAUCAGAAAUCGCUCUUCGGCCUAUGGCACACCUUCCAAAGGGUCAAAGGUCAAACAGAGUCGAGCUUUGCACAAGGUAUACCACCGUGCAGCGCGAGCGUUCUUAAAUAGGAACGUAGCUUUAACGCACGAAUUAUUAGACACCGGGUUCAAAUCUCUGGAAGGUGCGGGCUUAAACACCACAUAUUUGUGGAAGUGGGACAUUCUGCGAAUAACUUUCGACACGAUGCUGUAUACAUCUCCACCGUCUUCGUCGGCUUCACAUAUUCCGUUCAUGAACGAAAUCCUUUCUAAACCUCCGCAGAGCUUCGUCGAGGAUAUGUACACUCGCUCUCUGAACCUGUUCCAACAAAGUGAGAACAACACAACAGCAGCACUGCCGGCACAUGUACUCUCCACCCUGGUUUAUUCGAGUUUGAAAGUAGAUGCUCCAGAUAUUGGUAGGCGAAUGAUUGAGGAUUGGCUGGCUAGCAGGGGAGAUACCACCGACUUGUCCUCGUCCUGGACGUCCACGUCCACCUCGUUGACGGAGAACUCAAUGUCUGACGGAUAUGACGCGGAUGGCUCAAUAAACGGGGACAGCCCGGUGGAUGUCGGUCUAGGCAAAGGAAGUGACAGUUAUGCCAAGAUUCUCGAACUCUAUUGUCUCCAAGUGUUACCAAAAUUGGGGCAAUGGGAAUAUGCAAUGGAGUUCUUGGAGUAUGAGAGCGAGCUUGAAUUGGAACCCAGAGAUAAUCUUACACGAUCCCUGCAAUCUUUGUAUGCUCAAGCCAUUGCUUCACGUCUGCCUUCUACAUCGAGUUCGCAAUACUCAUCGUCGGCCUCGUUGACUCUGCCAGCCUCUGCUACACAGAGAGCAUUUUCUCCUGCCCCUUCUGCAUCAUCGUCGUCGUCGUCUCUAUCAACUACUUCCACACAUACUAUUGUUGCUGCUACUCCGAGAGCAAGAGCGUCUCUUCAAGGAAUAUCCGCGAGCUCGAACGGAAUCAUUGAGGAAAACAGCCGUUCCGACGGAACCAUUACACCGCGCCAGCAAACGAACGCGGGACCUCGACGCGGACAAACAGAUACUUCCAAAGGAAAGCAGAGUGUUGAAACACCUCUCGCCUCUAGCUCAACACCGUCUGGUAUCAACGCUUACCCACUUAACCCCAAUGCAUUAACACCUUUAUCCCUUCCGAAGACUCAUCUCAAUUCCCUUCCCCACAGACAGAAUUUAAGCACGUUCGCACUGAUUAAAGCCAGUAUAGGACCUUUAAUAAAUCGAAUAAUCGGUGCUAGCUCUGCGAACAAGAUUGCAAGCUUGUGUGUAGUCUUCGUGGUCGUACCCGUAUUUUCACUACUAGUGCGUAUGUUUCGUCGACGAGCGAGGAUACCGAUUUCCUCUGGGCCUAGCGCUGGAACUGCCAAUGUAGACCUCGUUCGCCAUCGGCUGCAGACUGUCAAUAACCGCUCUAGUGUGGUGAUUGCUUUAGGGAAAAUUCUUGUCAAAGCUUGGUGGGAGAUCAUACGGGUCGUGGUCGACACGGUGAAAAUGGGUGGGAGUGGUUUGGUUUGAGAGUGUAUCUUUGGUCUCGAUAAUGAUGUAGAUAUUGGCUGGUUAUACAUUGUCGCUGAAUGCUAUUGAAAAUGACCACCGUAGAUACAUGUACACAGUCGCCCAGAAUUUAUGUACCCAACUGGUUUCAAAAAGUGAAAUAAUAAUAUG